CGCGAGCUGGAGGCGAGCGGUGCUGGUGUGCGCUCAUCCGGCUCCAAUAUCACCUACCUGUCCUUGUCACUCUGCUAGUCAGCCGCCGCUCGCCGCCGAGGUUAGGAUGGCAGCGCCCGGUGGCCCGGUCUGAAGCAGUCCGAGAACGAGAAAUACUUUGCUGGCCAUCCUGUGACUCACUGACAACUGGGACUUAAUUGGGUGAAACAGCUUUUUGGGAGGACCGAUGAACUCUAUGAGGGAUCCAUUAAAUCUAGACCCCCACCACCAUCACCACCACCAGCAGCACCCACUAACCGGGACUAAACUCGCCUCCACGCAGCACGCCGCGCUGGCCAUGGCUUCGGGUUUGCAGCCGCUGGUGCGCGCUGUGGAGUCCAACAAGCACCGCAUGGAGGUGCACACAGUGUCGGACACGUCCAGUCCGGAAACUGGGGAGAAAGAAAAGAUCCAAAACAAGAACGACGACUCGUCAGACGACCCGUCCAAGAAGAAGCGUCAGCGGCGCCAGAGGACGCACUUCACCAGCCAGCAGCUGCAGGAGCUGGAGGCCACUUUCCAGCGGAACCGAUACCCGGACAUGAGCACCAGGGAGGAGAUCGCCGUGUGGACCAACCUCACCGAGGCUCGCGUUCGGGUGUGGUUCAAGAACCGGCGGGCUAAGUGGAGGAAGCGGGAGAGGAACCAGCAGGCCGAGCUGUGCAAGAACGGCUUCGGGCCGCAAUUCAACGGACUCAUGCAGCCCUACGACGACAUGUACCCGGGCUACACGUACAACAACUGGGCCGCCAAGGGCUUGACGUCGGCCUCGCUGUCCACCAAGAGCUUCCCUUUCUUCAACUCCAUGAACGUCAACCCGCUGUCGUCGCAGACCAUGUUCUCGCCGCCCAACUCCAUCUCUUCCAUGACGUCCAGCAUGGUGCCGUCGGCGGUGACUGGCGUGCCGGGAUCCAGCCUCAAUGGCCUCAACAACUUGAACAACCUCAGCAACCCGUCGCUCAACUCCGGGGUGCCCACGCCGGCUUGCCCCUACGCGCCGCCCACGCCCCCCUACGUGUACCGGGACACUUGCAACUCCAGCCUGGCCAGCCUGAGACUGAAAGCCAAGCAGCACUCGAGCUUUGGAUACGCCAGCGUGCAGAACCCGGCCACGAACCUGAGCGCUUGUCAGUACGCCGUGGACAGGCCGGUGUGAGACGUCCACGCCCACUCCUAAAAGAAAAUCACCACUUUGAGCAAAGCUGGCGGAUCAGUUCGGCAUCAUUUUGGUUUGAUUUUUUUUGGAAGGGGAUGUACAUUAUUGUGACUCUUCCCUCCAAAGUAGCGCACAACCUAAUUCAUUCAUUCUGAUGUGAUUCUGAGUGAUCCAAUGGCUUCUUAUGGUGUUUUUUUUUGUUUGUUUGGGGUUUUUUUUUUUUUUUGCAGAGUGGUCCAAAACAAAAAAGGUGGCCACAGGAACAAGAGACUACUAUUAUUUUCUUCUUUUUCUUUCCCCCCCCCAAAAAGGGCACUAAAAACUGAACCACUAAAAACAAGAUCGAUGUUUUAAGUUUUAUUCCCGGAUUGUUUUCGUCACCAUGGAUUUUGGACUUUUUAAACUGUUUGAAAGGUUGUAUAUACUCAAACUAUCUCCUGAGCUCAAAAUCUUCCCCGGGUUCAAUUUAUUAACGCAUGUGACGGAGGGGGGCAUAAACCAGCAAAAAGAAAAUAACAAUAAGAAUAAAUAAGGAAUCGUGUUUUGCUUGCAAACAAAAAAGGGAAUGUAAAUACUAAAACGCACCACAGUCGUGUGUUUCUAACAUAAUAUAAAUUUAUUAUUAUUAUUAAUGUCUGUGUGAAUAUCGAUUUAGAAUAGCAAUCCUAGAUUUAAGCAAAACGUAUUAAAAUGUUCCUGCAAAUGAUUUGCUCUGUGUAUACUAUUUGGUACGGAAUUAUGUUUCUUUUUCCAACAUCCAAAAAAAUGUGUUUUAUUUAAUGGAAGUAAAUAUAUUGUUCAAAGCCAUCCUUGCUUUUAUUGAAUCUUUUGUGUAGUGACAUUGUGUCCACUUUGGGGAUGUGGAUGAUUGGGACGCAUGCACUUGUGCGCUUAAUCUAUUGGGGGCAACAAUUGGGCUGCGCCAAUACACAUUAGCGGCGAGAUGCUCCG